UUGACUUUAAAAACCAUUGAAGCUGUGGAGAAAGAACACUGGAGAAGAAGCCUUAUAGAAAUUAAGAGGAGGUUUGAGAAAACAGUGAAACAAUUUAUUAACAGUGUUUUGAUGAUUUCAGGAAUAUGCUGCAUAGACUAUCCACUUGAAUUUCAUGCUUCAAAGCCUGUGAAGUGUAUAACAAUGACAUCACCGCUUCAGGCCUGGGAUCGAAAGCUAAGAGAAGAAGCUAUUAUUUCAGUUUCAGAAGGGAAAGGAAAGCCGGGUGUCAGACCAGUGAGCUUAACCAGUUACCAGCCAUUUAAGAGAAAGUUUAGGACUGCCUCGCGAGCCAAAGAGGAGACCCCAGCUAGAGAUGCCAGCCCUGCACCUGAGCUCUGGGCAAUUUCUCCUACUGACUGUCCAAUUGUGCUGCGCAAAAUUUUGACCAAAACCAAUGAUGGUUUAGGCUGCAAAUGUGUAGUGAAAAUCCCAUUAAUUACCGACUUGGAAUUUGAAAAGUUUAUCACUGCCCCAAGAAACCCUCAUCAAGUCAUUGUGAUAUGUGUGUUGUCACCACAAAAACAUUCAUAUUCUCCUUUCUUUGAGUGGUCUGUUGAAAAAUUGUACAUACAUAUGCAGCACGGCCGUCCCUCACCUUGUGUUCAGUGCAAACAUGAUCCCUACCGUUUCCUGAAAUAUGAUCUAGAGAACCCACUGAACAAAACACCUCCUCUUCUGGUGCAGAAACAUGGUGUCAUUCCUGGAAUGGUAGUGAUGUAUGCCGGAGGGAAGCUGCUCUUUGGGAGCUGUGUUUUCAACGGAUACAGCUACAGCAAGAGGGACCUGCUGAAACAGAUCAACCAAGUUUGCCUUGACUGCAGAAGAGGUCACUUCCUGCCACAGAGUUUCAAAUUUAGUAUUUAUACUGCCACUGUUAAGGAAAUUGAAGAAGAGGAACAGCCUGUUGUUGAGGAGAAGAUAGAAGUGGAAGAGAAGACAAAACGUGCUAGCCGUGGAAAGAAAAAAGCAAAGAAAUAG